AUGAAGUUCCUCCCAAAUCCAGUAACCUUCCCCUUUACUCAUAAACCUCUCGAUUCAAAGCCUUUGAGACCCAUCAAAGUCUCCGUCCAGACUCCUCCUCCGGACUUCGAUUUCCGCAACGAGGUCGCGUCAGACUCACGCGCCGCUAUCGCCAGAACAUUUCCGGAGCUGCUCGACCUCGCCGAUAACGGGACACUGAUUCUCGUCCAGAAGCAGAGUUUCGGUCCGACUCCGGCCUGGCGUAAGGAGUUCGUCGAGCCGGAGUCGAUUUGGCUCGUUGGCACGUCUCAUAUCUCGCCGGAUUCUGCUUCCGACGUCGAGCGCGUCGUACGCACGGUUAAGCCGGAUAAUGUCGCCGUCGAGCUCUGCCGUAGCAGGAAAGUCGAUUUCUGUUUCCCUCAUAGGAUUCGGGUUGAGACUGAAAUUGAUGAAAAAGUUCGAUGCUUUUUGAAGAAAUCAGAUAGAGCUGGGAUUAUGUACACUUCGAGUGUUGGAGAGGAUGACCAAAACUUAAAAUCCGGUGUGUUGUCAUUGACCGGAACUGGCUUUCUCGGUGCUGUUGGCCGGAGCUUAGACUUAGGAGGCCAAACUGCUUUAGCUUUACGACUUCUCUUGGCGGUUUUCUCUUCCAAGUUAUCUUCUGUCGCUAACCGUCCUUUCGGUGAUGAGUUUCGUGCUGCUCGGAAAGCGUCUGAGGAAGUCGGUGCGCAGCUGGUUCUUGGAGACCGACCUAUCGAAAUAACACUUCAAAGAGCGUGGAACUCGUUGAAAUGGGCAGAGAAGCUUAAUCUGGUGAUGGCUGUGACUCAGGCAAUCACAUCGUCAUCCGGUAUACCGGAAGCAGAGCUUAAGGAACAAGAGACUGAUGAAGGCAAUGGAAGUCUGCAGCUUUACGAACGGCUAAGUUUCUCAUUCCCAUCUCUCCUACUGCCACUAAUACACGAAAGAGACACCUAUCUUGCUUGGUCGUUGAAGAGGAGUAAGGCGGUGGAUGGGUGUAAAACGGUGGUGGGUGUGAUCGGAAAAGGACAUAUGAAUGGUGUGAUUUAUGCUUUGGUAUCGGAUUCCGGUGAUCUCCGGUUUAGGGAUUUGGUGGGAAGAAGAGAUUCAUCGGAUGGUGGUACCACAUCGAACGGUUGGAUUCAAAUGGCUUUGAAGAGCCUCGCUAGAGAUACAAUUUUAGGGUUAUUGUUGUGGGAGUUAUAUGAUCAGUAUCUCAAGUUUGUGAUGAUGACCCAAAGCCCUUCUUGAUUUUAAAAAAUAACUAGAUUCAAAUAUAGUUAAUAAUAUAUGUGUGUAUUCAAACAGAAUAGUUCAAAAUAAGUACAAUUCAUGUAAAAGAUUUUGUCAAAAAUUGAGAAAAACGUAUGAUGAAAC